AUGGACUCGAACAUAUUAUACACCCAGGAGGGCGUCGUCGUUAUAUCCUACACCACAUUAGUAUCAUCUCCUCUGUCUUUGAAAGACUCCAUAGAGCAUGCGUUUGGGUCCGGUUCGAGAUCGUUGGGAAUCAUCAUCGUUCGCGAUUUACCGCCCGUCUAUAUCACGUAUCGGGAACGACUGUUGAAGCUAGCCUACCAUUUUGCAAACCUGGACGAAAGCACUCGCGAUAAGCAUGUACAUGCAGAAAGUAGAUACAGGUGA